CCCAAGUAUAUGGGAGUAUUCUAAAAAGAAACAUGGACCAGUUCGAUUAGAACGAUGAACAAACAAAUGGGCCGUCUAUCCAGCAAGUAGCAGUAUUCCGUCCCAUGUCCCAGAACGCGUCCGCGUCGCGCCUCGGCGCGCCAACCUCCGCAUUUCAUCAUCCAUCGCUGCUCCCGUCUGACCUCCCCAUCACGACCACAGCAGACAUAUCCAUCGCCGCAGCGCAUUUGUCCACCAUCGAUAUCCCCUUGAAUUCGAUACCCCCCAGUAUUACAGCGAAUAUCCAAUACCACAGACAUGGGCCUCAAGCGCAAGCGCUCCACAGACUCUUCCCCCAUUUCCACAUCCUCCAGCCUCGCAUCGCUAUCGUCCGAUUCGCAUCCGCAGACCCCCUUCCCCUCCGCAUAUCCCUCCGCCAUGGACGCCGAUUCCUGCUCCAAAACACCCUUUAACUUCAACGUCGAGUGGGGAGCUCGGAAAUCGGCUUGGGAGGCCGCCGACCUGGGCUGUCGGACGAGGAAACGCUGGCGCGACAAUCGGCCUGAUGAGCGAGUUGUACACGAAACGACGCUGCAGAAACUCUUCGCCGCGCAGCGCAACCAACGCCAACACCACAGCCCCGAACCCAUACUCCCUCCCUCACAAGCCCCCGUCCCCACCACGCCUGCACCAGUCCAAAGAUCCACCCUCCAUUCCUUCUGGAACAUCGGCGCUCCGCCCGUCCAUCCUCCCUCUCUCAUGCUGCCCCAACACCGCCACGCCCAAGUCGCACCCUCGUCAUGGGACGCCCCUCGCUGCGCCGAGUGCGACACCUCUCUGCUCCCCAGCGAGGGUCUUGAUGGUGCCGCGGACGUCGACAUGAUGGAUCUGGGCGGCAUUGGCAGCGGCGGGGAUGGGGCCCUGGCGCAGUUUGCAUGCGGUGAGUGCGGAAAGAAUGUGUGUAGCAUGUGUGCUGUUGUGGGAGAGACGAGGUGUUGCUUGCAGUGUGCGACGUCGGGGAGGAGAGGAGGGAGGGCGUGCUAGAGUCUUUGAUUGGCUUUGAUUCAUGUCCGUCUGGCGGCGAUUGGACUUGGUGUUUUAUUGGUAUUGCAGGAUGAGUUCUAGGGGCUGUCUCUGUUGGCAUGGCCUAAAACUGUUUUGGAUGGUUGCUGUGGAUAAUACCCUGGCGCGCAUUGUGUAUCGCUAUUGGAAUGGAGUUGGAGCGUGAAAUCCAUUUCUAUGCAAAUAUUGGUACAUGUGUAUACAGGGUCGAACAUCUUGCGCAUCUAUCCACAAUC